CUCCCCUCCCCUCCCCCCUGAAAUCUGAAUCAUACCUCCAUCAUCUUUCUCUUCCUGGUUUGGUCAUGGUGCUUCCAGAGUUCAGUAAGUCCAGUUGUGCAGAGAGCUCCAUGAAUGUUGGUCUGAGGCUUCUUCCUCAGAUUUCCAUCCCUAAUAACAGCAAAUCCAAUGUCCUUCUGAAAUCUGCCGUUAGAAAGGGAGACCAGACCAGGCCUAAUUUAGAUCAGGACUUUUGCUACCUUAAAACUUGUAACCUCUGCAAUAAGAAGCUCAGUCCAGACAAAGAUAUCUACAUGUACAGAGGAGAUGAAGGAUUCUGCAGUGUAGAGUGCAGGAACAGGCAGAUCGUGAUGGACGAAAUGAAAGAGUUAGACAGCUCAAGGAAGAAGAUGGUAUCGUCUUGUUGGAAUGAGUCUCGCCGCCUGGAGACUCGUCUCAUUCUCAAAGACCUUCAAAUGCAGAGACUAAAGUCUAAGCCUUGUAAUCCUCGUCAUCAAAAUCACUGGGCAAUUGUUUCCUAGUACUUCGCUUGAUCUUAUCAUAUCACUCUCUGCUCUCAGUUUUUUCGUCAUCAGAUAUGUAAUAUCAGAUUUCGGAUUUUUUUUCCCUGAAUUUUUGGGCCUCAGUAACAUAUCAUCUUUUGGUGAGAAUAAAGUUCUUUAAAUAAAAACAAUAGCACACACUUCACAUCAACUCUGAUGGAGAUUUGUCUGGACUUCAAAUAUCUCUAUGAAUCUACCUUUUGGGCCUGC